AUGUCUUAUCAUUACAAUGAAGCCUUUGAAAAUCCAGACUACCACUUCUCAGAGACACUGGAAAUUGAUAGAAGGAGGAAUUCUCAAAAGAAUCUGUUCUCCCGCCAAAGCCCUUAUGAUUCUUCACUCCAUGGUUCCUUCGGAGAACACAGUGGAAGAGGACAGAAUUACCCUCUGGCCUCCAUGAGACACAGCUUUGAAUACAGUGAAGGUUUACCAAGAGUUAAUGUCCUAAGCAGAAGUCCAUAUGGAAAUUCCAUGGAUAAUCUUUCCUUUGAGCCUGAGCCAGAACUGGUAUACAGCCCACCUUCUACCUUCCAUCUGCUGGAUCGCCCCUAUACCCACAGAAUUUCCAAUGUAUCGGAAGAUAGCUUUAUUCGGAGACGCAACAGAAGAUCACCUGAUGAGAUCUUCAUGACGUCUUCCAGCCUGUUUGAAACAGAUCCAGUGUGCAAAGAAGAGGAAAAGUUAGUUGGAAGUCUUGCAAGUAUGUCCACCAGUGAAAGGAUUAAAGCAAUCCAGAAGAUGCCAGAGACCAUGAAAAAAAAGAGAGAGAUCAGGAAUAAAGUUCUUAAAGAAAUAACAAAAAAAUCAAGGCACCGCAGUACUCAACUUUCCUGCUGUACACAGUGUCUGCAGGGAACAGUAGUGUCAUUUCGGCGAUUUGGAAAUAGCUUGUCAGAAUGUUUUCACCUACUGCAGUUAUGGCACAAGACUCUGAAGAUCAUUGGUGCCGAGUUUGGAACAAGUGUUCUUUCUUAUUUUAUUUUCUUGAAGUGGCUGCUAACUUUCAACAUCUUCUCAUUCGUCAUAAACUUCAGUUUCAUCACAAUCCCUCAGUUUGUUGCAGCAGAACCAAAUAACCUUUCAUUCAUGGGUCUGGAGCUGCUCACUGGAGCUGGUUAUUUUCAACAAACAGUACUCUACUAUGGCUUUUACACCAAUGCUACAAUCAGUAAAAUAGAGAAUGGUCCGUCUUACAACAUGCAGCUGGCUUAUAUUUUCACCAUUGGAAUAUAUUUUGUCAUCUGUUUUCUUAUCUUGUUGUUCAGCAUGGCAAAAUCCUUCUGCAGGAACUUCAUUAACCCUCAGACAUACUCUGGAAAUGCUAGCAAACUUCUCUGCACGUGGGACUUCAAUAUAAAUAAUGAAAAAGCCGUGAAGCUGAAACAAAAGAAUCUCACCACACAAAUAAAGGAAGACCUCACUGAAGUAAACAGAGAAGUUCUAAAUUUUUCUGUAACAGAGAGAGUUGUUCGUAUUGUUAUUCAUCUUGUUUCUUGGGUUGCUGCCCUGGGAACAGCAGUAGCUGCUUGUGCUGGUGUUUACUUCCUCUCCAUUAAUAACCUAAAGCUGUUUAUGAAAGGGCAUAAAAAUGACCUGGAGAGCCAAGCUGCCAUGUUGGUGCUACCUAUUGUCACAUCUCUCCUCAAUGCAUUCAUCCCAUUCUUCUACUCGUGGCUUGGGCACCUGGAGAGAUUUCAGACUCCUGGACACCAGAUAUAUGUCACCAUUACAAGAAAUAUCAUCCUGAAGAUAUCAAUUGUUGGAAUACUGUGCUACUACUGGCUUAGCAUUGUGGCUGCAUCAGAGUCGCAGUGCUGGGAAACUCUGGUUGGCCAAGAUAUCUAUCGUCUUGUUCUAGUUGACUUCAUAUUUUGUUUGCUUGGCUCUUUCUUCGGAGAGUUUUUACAAAGAAUUAUUGGAACUACAGUCUGUGUGAGCCUGGGGCUGCCAGAAUUUGAUAUCGGAAGAAAUCUUUUAGAUUUGAUUUAUGCACAGACUUUGACGUGGAUCGGUAUCCUCUUCUCACCUCUGCUGCCUGGUAUCCAGAUGAUAUCAUUUUCUAUAGUAUUUUAUGUGAAAAAGGUCAGUCUGAUGAUGAAUUGCCAACCCCCUCGCAAAGUCUGGAGAACUGCUCAAAUGACAACGUCCUUCAUGUUCCUGCUGUUUUUUCCUUCCUUCCUUGGAGUCCUGUCUGUCAUUGGAGUUACAGUCUGGAGGUUAAAACCUUCAGAAGAAUGUGGUCCUUUCAGAGGUUUGUCUUCUAUGUAUGCUGCAGUCUCUGAGUGGAUAAAAAUACUGGAAAACUACACUGCCUCAAAAUGGGUGGUGUGGAUCUACCAUAACUUAAUUACAAGUGAACUUUUCUUCUUCAUCCUAUCUGUUCCUGUCCUAAUUUUUACUUAUUUUUACUGGCAAAUAAUAGAAGGAAGAAAGACCAUGACCAAACUCUUACAUAAGCAAAUUAUUAAUGAAGGAAAAGAUAAAAUGUUUUUACUUGAAAAACUACGGACACUGCAAAGGGCAAAACAAAACCCAUCUGCACCAAGAGGACAAGGCCAGCAGAGAAGCUCUUCUUCAUACCACCCGUCCAGGCAACCUGCCCUGCAAGUGCCAGGCUACCCAGGAAGGGCAUUUGACAGAAAUCAAAAUGCAUCCCACAACGAGUAUCCCUAUUCUGCUGAAAUCUUGAGGGGGACUGCCUUCCCACUAGAUUCGGAGACAUGCCAGCCCAGCAGCAGGCCAGGCAUGUCUGAGGCAGUGGCGCUCGCUCUGCGUGCGAGGGAAGCGGCUCAGUGGGAAAACGAAGAUGAUGACGCAGAUUUUCGACCAUGA